GGGCACAGAGCAAGUUGCGAAAUGGGGAAGAUGGCGGCUGCCGUGGGCUCUGUAGCGACGCUGGCCGCGGAACCUGGGGAGGACGCCUUUCGGAAACUUUUCCGCUUCUACCGGCAGAGCCGGCCUGGGACCGCAGACCUGGGCGGGGUCAUCGACUUCUCGGCGGCCCACGCAGCCCACGGCACUGAGCCUGGUGCCCACAAGGUGUUCAGAUCUCAGCUAAGCGUGUCUGCAGUGAGUGAGAAUGAUGCAUGUAGAGCAGGACUUCAGCCAGUCAGCAAGUGGCGAGCCUAUGGACUCGAAGGCUACCCUGGAUUUAUUUUCAUCCCGAAUCCCUUCCUCCCAGGUUAUCAGUGGCACUGGGUGAAGCAGUGCCUUAAGUUAUAUUCCCAGAAACCUAAUGUGUGUAACCUGGACAAACAUAUGACUAAAGAAGAGACCCAGGAUCUGUGGGAACAGAGCAAAGAAUUCCUGAGGUGUAAAGAAAUGAAUAAACGGAGACCCCGAAGUUUACUAGAGAAAUUACGCUGGGUGACCCUAGGCUACCAUUAUAACUGGGACAGUAAGAAAUACUCAGCAGAUCAUUACACACCUUUCCCUUCUGACCUGGCUUUCCUCUCAGAGCAAGUAGCUGCUGCCUGUGGAUUUCAAGGCUUCCGAGCUGAAGCAGGUAUCCUGAAUUACUACCGCUUAGACUCCACACUGGGAAUCCAUGUGGACAGAUCUGAACUAGAUCACUCCAAACCCCUGCUGUCAUUCAGCUUCGGACAGUCUGCCAUCUUUCUCCUGGGUGGCCUCAAAAGAGAUGAGGUCCCCACGGCCAUGUUUAUGCACAGUGGUGACAUUAUGGUAAUGUCGGGUUUCAGCCGCCUGUUGAACCAUGCAGUCCCUCGGGUCCUUCCAAAUCCCAUGGGGGAAAGCCUGCCUCACUGCCUUGAGACACCACUCCCUUCUGUCCUCCCUGGAGAUUCAGUCAUAGAGCCUUGCUCUGUGGAGGACUGGCAGGUGUGUGCCAGCUACUUGAAAACUGCUCGUGUUAACAUGACCAUCCGACAGGUACUGGCCACAGACCAGGACUUCCCUUUGGAACCAACAGAGGAGAAAAAAAGAGACAUCAUCCAAGAAGGUUUCUGCAAUCUAGAUGACCAAAAUAGCCAAGUAAAACGGGCUAAGUUAAGCCCUGACAGCUGAGGCUAGAGUCACUUUUUUGUUGUUUUUUUGGCCGAAGCAGGUCUUGAGAUAAUGACUGUGCCAUUUGUAUUGCCAUGAACUUUAGCACCAAUACAAGCCCAAAAACAGACAGGGAAGAAUGCAUCAUUGAUCACGUUGUUGCCUUGGAACCCGUCUUGAAGAGAAAACCGAUUAACUACUCUGCUCAGAGAAGCGUUAGUCAUGGUCUGGUCCUUUGUAGGUGCUGUGCUGAGGAGUCCAAGGAGGUGCAGUUUUCCACAACAGCCUCCUCAGCCUCUGUCACUCACAGCCUCUGAAGAAGGAAGAAGUGAGUCUCCGCAUCUGCAGAGUCUUUAAAUACCACAUAUUUUAUUACUGGGAAAUACCGUACCCUCCACCCCACUGCGUCUGGUGAUUUGUGGUAAAAUUGUAGUUCCAUGAAUGGUCAUUAGUCUCAUCAUCUUCCUUCCCGUAGACAUUAUCAAAUUCUUUGAUCUUGUCUUCCAUCUUCUCUGGUUCUCAUAGAGGAUCCUGUAUACCUUAAGACAGUGGAAUUAGAAAUCUUGUCCACCGGAGAAGAAAUUAAUCAGCUCUCUCUCUUGUCUAAAAGAUAAAUAUAUGUAAACCCAAAGAAAAGGAAACAGUAGUUUAUCCACUUUUCUUUUAGGUCUCCAAACUCUCCCUGUCAGCUUUUUAAUGUAAUUUUAAUUAUUAGACAAAAAGAAAAUCCCAAGAAUAUUCUGUUACUGAUUUCUCCAUGAAUAAACUUACUCAAGUUUAAAUUAAA